AUGCCGACCCCGAACUUGCCCUCGACAGACCCAGCCUUCGAAGCGUUGUGGAGGCUUCCUUUGGAGACCGACCCGCCCUGCACACCUGCUGCUGAUUCGUCGCCUGUCUUCGGUAGGGUCAACUUCUUUGGGGACCUGGCCAUCUCCUGGCAAUCAGCCAGCCAGCAGUUCUGGGAGAGCGGCUCUCCUUUGGGGGAAUUCGAUCAGAUUGCUCGUUCACUGGUCGCGACCUGCUCCGCGAGUCUGAGCGCCGUGCAACGAGCGACCGAGCUUCAGCGAGAGAACGCGACGCUCAAGGCACGUCUCCAGGAAUUAGGGCAUCCUGCGACUUCCUCAGCUUCUCCCGAGCCCCCUUUGGGAAGCUUGGAUGCCUAUUUGCGGGCCAUCGGGGAGUCAGCAGCUUCGGCUCGGACCAUCUCCCAUGCUGCCUUUGAUAAACUUCAACAGUUGGAGGCGGCUUUGAAGACAAGUGAGUCUUCCCUGGCCUCUGAAGUGGAACGCCGUCAAGCGGCGACCUCUGAACUGAAAAACCGAGAGGCAGAGUUGCUUGCCCAAUCUAGGGAAUUGGCCCUGCUGAAGCAAGGUCGGGAGCUCCUACAAAUGGGGUUGGCUGAAGCCCAAACUGUGGCCAAUGCUGCUGUGGGUCGGGAAACCACCCUACGAGCUCAGUGGGAAGCUUGCCAGGCCCAGCUUCAAUCUUUGCAGGCGAAGCUUUCGCGGGCCCAGGAGGUAGUGUCUCAGGGCCAGAGUGACCUGAAUGCAGCUCACGCGGAGGCUAUCGAGGACAAGGACGCCAUGGCAGAGUACUUGGCGGGAGAGCUCGGGCGGCUGAAGGCCUACCGCUUGGCCUAUGUUCGUUCUUCCUUUUUCCUUCAGAAGCUGGGGCGCUGGAUGGUCGUGCUGCUGAGUUACGGGGCUGCUGGCGGGAUAAGACAAGCCUUCGAGCAAGGUUAUUUGCGUGCAGCGCCCCCCGCCACUUUCUUGGAUACUGCUCGCCUGGCCCGGGAACUGCCGCAGGACGCCUUCCCCUCCUUCGAGGCGGAUGACGGGCUCUUCUUCCAGGCUGCUCCUCCUCCUGCUGCCGCUCCAACCCUCGUAGAGGUGUCUCCCCAGGAUCUUCCUGCCGCCAUCCCCAAAGCUUCUGAAGCCCUGGCCCCUCCUCCUGCUGAGUCGGCCGACCCAGCACCCCCUCUGUCGGCCUUUGAUGACCCGUCUCCCCCUUCUCCGAAUGUAGUGUAA